AAGAAAAAGAAAGAAUGGGUUUUCUCAAAAAUAUUUGCUUAGUUUUUAUUUUACUCAGUUUAUGUUCAGGUUUUGGUUUUGGUACUGAUGUUAGUUAUGAUGGGCGAGCUAUGAUAAUCAAUGGUGAUCGUCAAAUUAUCUUGUCUGGUUCCAUCCACUAUCCUCGGAGCACACCCGAGAUGUGGCCCGAUUUGAUCAAGAAAUCAAAAGAAGGUGGACUUGAUGCUAUUGAGACAUAUGUGUUUUGGAAUGCACAUGAACCUCUUCGUCGUCAGUAUGAUUUUUCUGGUAACUUGGACCUCAUAAGGUUUCUCAAGGAAGUUCAAGCCGCGGGUCUUUAUGCGAUUUUGCGUAUCGGACCAUAUGUUUGUGCUGAAUGGAACUAUGGUGGUCUUCCAGUUUGGUUGCACAACAUGCCCGGAGUUUCUGACCUUAGAACCAACAAUGAAGUUUUUAUGAAUGAGAUGCAAAACUUUACGACUCUAAUUGUUGAUAUGGCAAAAAAGGAAAAGCUUUUUGCUGCACAAGGAGGUCCGAUUAUUAUUGCACAGAUCGAGAACGAAUAUGGAAAUGUUAUAUCAAACUAUGGCGAUGCUGGAAAAUCAUAUAUUAAUUGGUGUGCUACAAUGGCCGAGUCUCUUAAUAUUGGCGUUCCAUGGAUUAUGUGUCAACAAUCUGAUGCACCUGUACCUAUGAUUAACACUUGUAAUGGCUGGUAUUGCGACUCUUUCACUCCGACUCACCCAAACACGCCUAAGAUGUGGACUGAGAAUUGGACUGGUUGGUUCAAAAAUUGGGGUGGAAAGCAUCCUCACAGAACUGCUGAAGAUGUUGCUUUUUCCGUUGCUCGUUUCUUCCAACGUGGUGGAACUUUUCAGAAUUACUACAUGUACCAUGGUGGUACCAACUUUGGCCGAAGUGCUGGUGGUCCUUAUAUUUCAACUACAUAUGAUUAUGAUGCUCCCCUAGAUGAGUUCGGAAACUUGAACCAACCUAAAUGGGGUCACCUGAAAGAGCUUCACCAAGUUCUUAAAUCAAUGCAAAAAACUCUUACUUAUGGAGAUAUUACCGACACUGAUUUCAACAACUCUGUUUCUGUAACCAAAUACAGCUUCAAUGGAACUUCGAGUUGUUUUUUCAGCAAUGCCAAUGAAACUUCUGAUGCAGAAGUAACUUUUGAAGGAACUAAAUUAGUUGUUCCUGCAUGGUCUGUCAGUGUUCUUUCGGAUUGUAGAAACGAUGAUUAUAAUACCGCUAAGAUAAAUACACAAACAUCUGUGAUGGUAAAGAAGGCAGAUAACGAAGUUGAAGAUGCACAAUCAGGGUUAAACUGGGUAUGGAGGCCCGAGAAUACAAAAGAUACUACUGUUCUUGGCAAAGGAACUUUUUCCGCGAACCGCCUUCUUGAACAGAAAACAGCAUCUAACGAUGUUUCUGAUUACCUGUGGUACAUGACAAGUGUUGAUAUGAACGAGCAAGAUCUUAUGUCCGACAAGGAUGAAAUUCUUUUAAGAGUAAAUACUAGUGGUCAUGUCCUUCAUGCCUUUGUGAACGGUGAGCAUGUAGGGUCUCAAUGGGCUGCUUAUGGAACUUAUAAGUUCAUGUUCGAACAAAAGAUUAGGCUUAACCAUGGCAAGAAUCAAAUAAGUUUGCUUAGUGCAACAGUUGGUUUACAGAAUUAUGGCCCAAAAUUCGAUUCAGUAGACACUGGGUUAGCCGGGGUACAGUUAAUUGCCAAAAACAAUGAUGAGUUAAUCAUCAAGGACUUGUCGGCUAAAGAGUGGAUUUAUAAAGUGGGACUACAUGGUGAAGAUGCAAACCUUCACAGUGUUGAAUCACCUUCGGCUUCUAAGUGGUUGACGAAGGAAAUCCCUUCGAACAAGUUGCUGACUUGGUACAAGACUACAUUCAAGGCUCCGUCGGGAACAGAUGCAGUUGUUGUUGAUCUAAAGGGUAUGGGUAAGGGUCAUGCUUGGGUAAAUGGUAAAAGUAUUGGACGCUUCUGGCCAUCUUUCUUAGCCGCUAAUGAUGGUUGCGAAGAAAUAUGUGAUUAUCGUGGUUCGUAUAGUGACAAAAAGUGUGCUUCUAAGUGCGGUGAACCUUCGCAAAGAUGGUAUCAUGUGCCAAGAUCGUUCCUUCGUGCUGAUUCCAACACAUUGAUAUUGUUUGAAGAAGUUGGUGGAAAUCCUUCAAAAGUGAACUUCCAAACCAUUAAAGUUGGGUCUGUUUGUGCCAAUGCUUACGAGGGAAGAAGUCUAGAGAUAUCUUGCCAUGGUCGCACGAUUUCUGCUAUUUCAUUUGCAAGCUUUGGUAAUCCUCAAGGAAGCUGUGGAUCGUUUGAGAGGGGACCUUGCGAUUCUGAAAGCUUGAUAAGCAUUGUCGAAAAAGCAUGUGUUGGUAAAGAAACAUGUUCAAUUGAUGUGUCCCUGAAGACUUUGGGAUCAAGUGCUUGUGGCGGUAUCAAUAACAAGCUUGCAGUUGAAGCCACUUGCAGAUAGAAGUUUUUUCGAUUUGUCUAGGUUUAUGUUCAUUUACGUUUGAUUAUAAGAAAUCACCUUGAUUUCUUCUAGUUCGUUUUGAUUUCUUAGAGAUUAUUUUAUGCAAUUUCUUUCGUGAGUAUUCU